GAAAAAUUGUUCAAUAAAAAAUUCAACCCUUCAAAGGACAUAGCGAAAAAUUUAGGUAACUUAUUCAUACUCCUACUUGUUCAAUAAUCUUGCAUGCACAAUAUGAUAAUCGUCGUCAAACUAUUCAUCUGCGUCACUAUUUAGUCUACAACAAUGAAAAACUAAUUCAAAAGAGAUCAAGUCGUUGACAGUGUCGUGCCUAACACCCGUUUGUGGCAGUAAUUUUUGCUCAAUAAAAAAUAAGAUGUGAAAAAAUCUUGAACAAACUCAAAUUAUGGCAAAAAACUCAGAGAUUCUAACAUGUCAGCGUGUUUUGUCGCUAAUGGUCGUCAUGGGAUUCAUGAUUCACCACAUGAUUCGAAUCAACAUUUCCAUAGCCAUCGUCGAAAUGGUGGUUAGAAACGACUUUAACACUUCGCUUGAAUCUCACGGUUCUCGUUACAACUGGGACGAAGAAGCCAAGAACGACAUUUUGGGCUACUUCUUCUGGGGUUACCUCAUCACUCAAGUUCCAGGAGGCCGUCUUUCG